ACUACUACUAGUGGCUUCUUCCACCUGCUCCGAUUCAGUCUUCAGUGGUAGCUGCGCCGUGAAAGGUCCACUCAGGGAUAUCGCUCAACACGUGCUCGCCCGCUCUUGGGGACAGGAACUAUGGAAUAGACUGUCACAGCUAGGCGGUUUCCGUACGGUUUUAAUCAGGUGUAUUUAAUUCCUUCUAUAUAAUGGACUUCAAAUAAAAUGCAUCUAAAGGUUUUUCACGAAACUGGAUAUUUCAAGUUCUCAUCAGUUUGAGGAAUUCGCUGACAGAAGCUUCAAACAUUCAAUCUAAAAGAAUACAACUGUCAAGAUUAAUCAUGGUCUUCAGUUUCAUCACCCUCGUGUCAAAUUACCAUCACAGAGUAUUGCUUAACAAUCAGUUAAGGAAUAAGCCUCCAUCAUUUAUUAAAACCUUUUUUCUUUGAUUUUUUAAUGUGCCACGAACAUAAUAACAGGCUAGUUUCAUAGCAGUUAUCCUUCUUUUUUCUCUCUCUUUAUAUCAGACAAACAAAUUCUCCCCCCCUCAUCUUUUCGUACAAAUAUAAUAGCUAAUUUUAUUCCUAAUAUAACUGCAAAAUUCUGGAAAAAAAUUCUUAUGAUGAUCUAAAUUCCCACAUACUUUUAAAUGCUUAAAUAAGCAUUAAAUCGAUAAAAGUGAAGAAAAAAUACAUACAAUUAGUUGCACACUUUUAAAUACAGUUAAAAAAAAUAAGUAAUAAUAUAUCAUGAAAGUGUAGAAAUCAUUGAAACGAAAUUUCAAGUGAAAAUAAGCAUAAUACAAGAAACAUUAUUUAUAAUACUUUUCAAUUUGUGGUUAAGAAUGUUCGAUGAAAAGUUCAAUUCAGCAUGAUUUGCAUUUAUUUUCUACUUCACAAACAAAGCAACAUACCUCAAUUAGCAAAUUAUUGUCGUAAUUUUGCACUUUCAACAUGCAUGAUAUGUAUUUGAUAGUUUUAAUUUUGGCCUAUGCCGCUUUGGUGUCACCAGAAACCAUUGGUCAUGUGACUAGAGAUUAUUUUGGCGAUAUUUUCACUCUUGAAGACUGUGACCCUAAUGAUUCUUGCAACAGAGAUGGGCGGAGAGCUGCAAUGAUUCCAGGAGAGGCAUGUCGUUGUCAGUGUGCACCAUCCCAUUAUGUGUUCCGGGAAGAUAUCAACGAAUGCAUCAAAGAUAUCGGAGAAUGUCCAUUAUUCAUGUUUGCGAGGCCUUAUGCCGUCGAAAAAAUACCUUUGGUCUUCCUGCCAAUGACAGGUCAACUCGUAUACCCAGGAGCUCACCUGACAGUCUCUGGUAUCGCUAGACUUUCAUCAUCAAAAUUAGCCUGCAAUGUCAAAUCAUCGCUGCUCAUGACGUCACAUGGUUUCCAACCAAUAAGAACUCCGAGUGAAAUAUUUGGCGUUUAUUACGAUGGCAAUAAAACUUUUCUGCAAUGGCUCGGAAAUGAUGAGGAUCGGAGAAGAUUACAGCACCAUUUGGUGUUAAUAAGAUUAUUUUGCGAGUCUGAAUCAUCCCCUGGUGGUACGUUCGAACCUUGCGCUGCUUUGCGUAUAGGCUGGGCUCCUGGUCUUGAGCCUGAAUUUUUGGAUUCAUCCCCGAACAAGAACAACUUCAUUAUAAUUGGCUUCAGUAUCGGUAUAUUAGGCUUGAUUUAUGUUGGUGCCAUUCUAAUCUAUUUGAAAGUCAGAAAAAGCAGGCGAGAAGCAGCUAGACAAGGUCUUGCCCCUUCUCACAGUUCAAUUGAAGUUGCUGAUGAAGAAACAAGCCCCAAUACACAACUGAGAACUGCUUAUAUUAAUAAUUUGGUACAAGAGGCUGAAUUCACAACCAAAAGUUCCUUAAAAGGUUCCUCCAGCCACACUCAUUCAUCUUCAGAACAUGAUUUGACCUCACAGGAAAAUAACUACAGGCAAUUGGAUAAUUCUUCGACUUCGUUUGAUGGAAAACAUACAAAAAGUAGCUCUUCAGCCGAAGAAGGCGCCUCCGACAUUAUAUCACCUCCCUCACAGGACUUUUUUAUCCGUAUAAGAGGAAUGAUUACUGCAGCUAAGAAUAGGCUGAACAGUUUUCGAUACAAGCCAACAUUAUUGGUAAUACCUGAAGAUGAUUACUUUUACCAGGACUUUAAAGAGAGAGACAUUGAAGGAUCAAGUAAUCGAAAAUCCUCUUUCAGGAAAUUUUCUGUUAAAGCAAACACCAAUACACCAGCAGUAGCUAAAAAGAAAAUCGAGUCGUUCCACGGAUCGAAUCUUGGAGCGGCUAUGCUAGAAGCAAAACUGGCACCACCGUUGCCUCCACCACGGAAUGGAAAAACAAAAAGCAAAAAAAGAGCACCUUCACCACCAAAUGGAGAAAAAGAAUUCUGCCGAGAAUCUCCAUCUCCUGUAAGCUUGAAAGAUUUAGGUGGAAGUCUCGACAGGAAAAAAAGAAAAAUAUCAUCAGCUGGUGAGAACUAUUCUAAAUUCGACUUAUUUCGUUUGGAUCUGUACGAAAAAAUCAAUAAAAUCAGUAAAAACGAGAUGAACUGUGUGCUAGAAAUGAAAAGUCCAAAGAAAUUUAAAGACGAGGACUUUGAUGUAUUGGGCAGUAGAGAGAGUUCCAGCCAAGACAGGACUUCAAAGGAGAGUUGCUGCAGUACACUGGAAUAUCCGUCUGGGCAUCAAGAUGCCAAAAUUUCCCGUCGCCAGCUUCUAUACAAAUUGCAAGAAACGGAAGUGAUAGAUGAUUCAGAGGAAGAAAAAUCUGAAAAGAGAGAAAGGGCGAAAUCAAAGAGGAGGAAAUCGAAAGGCGAUAGAUCGACAGACGAAGAAGGCAAUUUGUCAUCCCGUUCAGAUAGCAGAGUUGAUGAUCUGAGUGAGGUUAAUGGUGCAUACAGUUCAAGGCCAGGAACAGCAAUGAGCAACUCUUCUGGUCACACAACAAGCAGUCAACCAUCAACUAUGAAGGAAAAAUUGAAAAAUGAAGAGGCUACACUUCUUGAAGCAGACAAAGAUUACUUAAGUGAAGGUUCAGAAACUUCAGAAGCUUCUCUUUCAGGUGAUUCACUGAAUUCAAGUUUCAGGAAACCUGUGAAACCUACACCAUCAGUAAAAUCUAAAAACUCACUGAGAAGUUCAGAAGAUCUCUCAGUAAUUUCUGGUUCUAGUGUCAUUACUUCCUCUACAGGCCUAAAAGACAUGGAAAAUUAUGAAGAAGAAGAUGACGAUGACAUGGACGACGAAAUGGAUGAAAUUACGACACAAGAUGACGAUAGCCGACUCAGCACUGACCUUGAUGUCGAAAUGUACAGCUUGGAUGAAAGUGAGCAUCCAUCUCUGGAAGAAUAUCUUCAAUUAUCAUCUCAAGUUGCUAAAAAGUUAUCUGAACGCACAGUACCAGCAUUCAGUACUGAAUCUCCAAAAGAAAAAAAUGUAAUUAGUCAAUUCAUGAAGGAGUUUAAAACCACAAUUGGAAGAUUAAAAGACGAUAAUAAGCCUAUAUCAGCAAGAACAUCAUCCUCACCAGGGGCAGAUAACUGGACGUUAAAAAAGGAAGAAAAGAAAACCAAAGUUGCGCGGAAGGUUAGCAUCUUUAAGCGUAAUCCAUUGAAAGGUCGCAAAAAUGAGGAGCCUCUGGUGACAGAAGAAAGUGACAAAACUUACUUUGACAAUACAAAUGUGAGCGAAACUGAUGAUGCUGAAAGCAGUCGGUCUUCCACAUCAUCCGUAAGUGGUAGGAAAGGGCAAAGGUACAAGAACAAGACUCCUGAAAUCGUGCCUGCAACUAAGGAAAGAGAUAGAGUGGGUGAAAAAACUAUCAUCUCAAUUACAAACAGCGAAAAUGGUGUAGAUUCAAGAGAAAAUAAUCGGUAUGCUCCUAUAAUGAAGGUUCCAGUUCCAAGAGGAAAAGCAGUUACCCCUCCUUUACCACCUCCCAAACCUCAUCUGGAUCAGCUGAAGUUCAAAAAUAUGUCAUCUUUCAAGCAAAAACAUCACAGUAAAGUAGAUUCAAGUCACUGUAAGCCACCUCCAUCCGUCACAGAAGAUGAAGCAACCGAUGACACUGAAACAGCUGAUGAACUAAAAACUAAAACUGGAGGGAGAUUUGUUAGAACACCAUCAAUCGAAUCGGAUUCGAUAUCUGUUGCUAACUCGGACAUGACAGAAGAUUCCUUAAAUACCCCAGUUUCUCAAAGAGAGAGUGAAGAUGAGACGAGAGAAGAUAUUAGUGAGGAUGAAAACGGGCCAAUUGAUAGGUGUUUAGCACAAUUAGCGGAUUCAGUCAUACAACCUACUGAUGACUGCUCAUUAAAUCGGUACUUAAGUCAACUUGGAAAUGUUUUGGCAACUAGAGAGGACUGUCAGUUGGACCAGUGUCUCAACAAACUAGCAAAUAAUAUGAAUGGUAACAGAGCAACAAAAGGCUUUAACUUAUCUCAGCAUUUGACUUUAUGCUCAUAUGAACACGUUUGUGUGGAUAAAGGAAGUGAUCGAAGUACUCCAACAUCAGAUCGCUCAUCUACCACAUCAAGAGGAUCAAGAAGUUCACAGGAAAACCUACGGAAAAAAACUUUAACUAAGUCUAAACAUCACCAUCAUCAUCAUCAUCGUACAACAGAAUGCAAACAUAACAGUGGUGAUAAUACACAAAUAAGUAGUCCCGUAGAAAAUGGGAAUCACACAACAAACGGAAGAGUACUUGCCAAUGGAAACAAUGUAUUUUCCACACACGUGCUAAUGGAAAAGGCAGCACAAAAAGGACUAUUUAUAGGUAAGCAUCCAAUACCAAGUACUUCAGAAGAAGAUGAAUGUGGUCGCGCAAGUUCUCUUGGUUCUACAAGAGAAUUAGAGACUCCUAUACCAGAAACAACUUCUGAUCCUGGAUCAGCUGAUUUAGAAAGACCACGGAAAAAACGACCACUUUUUCGGAGAAGCAAAAAAGGAUUGAAUGGAACCUGUCGCCAACACAUCCAAAGUAAUAAACUUGGCAAAAAAGACAGUAAUGCACAGAAAAAGGCGGGAUUUCAAACACGUAAUUCAAGCACACCACGAUCUAGCAGCAGUGAUGUCACGGUAAUCCAGUUAGAAGGAAACCCUAACGAACAUAUAACAAAUGUAGAUAGUUCAAACACAUUUGUAACCCUCAUUAAUGUUGACAGUUCAGAUUGUUCUAAUAGUGCUGAAGAAAAGUAAAAGAUCUAUGUGCUUAAAGACGAAUUUCAAGGUGUUAGUUGACAAUCUUCUUUAAAAUUUUUCUGACAUUCUUCAAAGUGAUAAUCGAACAGAAAGUGUAUUUUCUAAUGCAUUUACAACACUCAUGUGCAAUUUUAAAGAGCAAAAUCCAAAAAAAUGCAAGACUUGACAGUAUGAUUCUGCAAUACAAGACUGCUUUUGAGUUGCUUCUCUUAGGCUUCUCAUUUAUUUCAGAAUGUGUAACCUAUGUGAAAAACUAACUCUAUUUAUUAAAUUAUUAUUAAAGUUA